UUUAUAUAUGUUCCAGUAGGCGUCAUUCUAAUCUCUCCCUCCUUGUUAAAGGAAGAAAUCGUUCGUCAAUGGAGACACUCCUGCAUACCACGGCGACUUAUCCAAACCCAAAACAGUUUUAUGGUAGAGGAUUGAGUUGGUACAGAAACGCAAGCUUCAAUUUUCCAAAUGGGUACUGUUCUGCAGAGCUAUUCACCUCUCGAAAGCUUUCAUUUGGAUUGAGAAGAUAUGUUACUGUUGGGGCCAAGAGGAAGAACAACAAGAAAGAAGACACCCAUAGUUUCGUGCCUAAACCAGAUGAGGCCACUGGGCCCUUCCCCGAGGCUGUACUGCUUAAAGAGAAGAAGGUUCAGGAAGAUGGUAAACUUCUCCCUGAAUUCGCUGAUGUUGAAGAGCAAAAACUCUAUGAAUUUCUGAACCUUGAGCUGGAAAGUCAAUUGAAGGUUGAGCGUAUGCGUCACUAUGAAGUGGUUUAUCUAAUCCAUGAGAAGCAUGCAGAAGAAGUUGGCAGUGUUAAUGAAAAAGUUCAAGGUUUUUUAAGGGAGAAGAAAGGCAAGAUAUGGAGACUGAAUGAUUGGGGGAUGCGAAGGCUAGCGUACAAGAUACAAAAGGCCAAAAAUGCCCACUACAUUUUGAUGAAUUUUGAGUUAGAAGCCAAAUGGAUCAAUGAAUUCAAGAGCAUGUUAGACAAAGACGAGAGAGUUAUUCGACACCUUGUGAUAAAGAGAGAGAAAGCGAUCAUGGAGGAUUGCCCACCUCCACCUGAGUUCCACACGUUGCAUGCAGGUAUGGAUGAUAAUGAUGAUGAAGAUGAUUUAGAUUAUGAUGAUGCCUAUGAUGAAGAAGGUUAUGAUGAAGAAGGUUAUGAUGAAGAUUGGGAUGGUGAGGGCAAUAUGGAGGGUGAUGAUGAUGACAUGGAGGAUGGCAUUAUAAUUGUCAACAGUGAUGAUAAUGAUGAUGGCAGCAAAAAUUGGAAUGAUAAAUCAGCUCAUGCAAAUGACAAAGGAAGAAGAAAUCGGUUAAAAGAGAAAGUAAGUAGGUAGGUAGGUAGGUAUUUUCUUGUAAGUUUAGGCAGCUUUUUUUGGGUUGAGAAAUAUUCAGAUUUCUCAGGACAGGUUGAUGCAGUAUCUUACUGAGUAUAAUAGUACUGUGCACCAAUUAAGCAAGGAAAUCUUUUUGGUA